GUUAAGCCCGGCUGUGGAUGUUGUUGCUGUCAGACUAAGCGCGUGAACGGUUCGGUUCCUGCGCUCGUCUGUGUUUUAUGAACGUCCUUUGUUUCUGGUGUGGUGUGUCGUAGCGCGAUAAUCUCCGUGGCGCCAAAAGUCUGCAGUAGACUGCUGCUCCCGGUCUCGCUGAGACCCCGGCGGAACCGGUUCCGAGUCCAGUUCCACAGCCUGACAGGUGUUGGCAGCCAUGAGCCGCAGCCGGAACCCGCCUCCGCGGGGCCAAGGAGCAGCGCGAGCCAAACAGAUGGGCCUGCUCCUUGAUCUGACCCCGGAUGGGGGGAUGGAUGAUGUCGGAAAUGAUGAAGAUUUGGAGGCAGAGCUGCUCAAUCUGGUUGGAGGAGGAGGAGGGAGAGCGCAGGGGAAGAAGGAGCAGGGCAGAGCUCCUGUUCCAAUGGCUGAAAUCGAGCGCAUGGCAGCGCUUUGUAUGAAAGAUCUGGAUGAGGAAGAAAUGGACGACGAAGAUUUGGAUGAUGACGAUCUGCUGGCAGAGCUGAACGAAGUUUUGGAGGACGAUGAGGAGCCAGCUCCUGCUGCUCCUAAAGCGAUGCCCUCCUCUCAGCCUGCCCCUUCAGCCAGCCCCCUCGGUGCGGCCAGUUUGGAAUCUCGUUUGCUGGAGCGCAUCGAAAUGUAUCAGACGGCCAUAGCCAACGCCAAGGCUGCAGGCGAGACGAGCAAAGCUCGCCGUUAUGACCGCGGCUUGAAGACAUUACAGUCCAUGCUAACAUCGGUAAAGAAAGGCAAGGCAGUGAAUGAGGAGGACAUGCCCCCCCCUGUAGCAAUUGGAGGAAAGUCCAACAUUAAAGCAGAGUCUGAGCCGGAGAAAGAGCUUCCAGAACCUGCUGUCCUGCCUGCGUCUCCCUCCAAACCCAGGAACGAGCCUGCAGCCCCAGUUCCCAACACUAAACCGGUGUGCCUGACCCCCCUGCCGAAGCUCGCUGCCCCCAUCACCCCUGAUUCACCUGCAAUCUCCCCCCUCACACCCAGCCAGCCCAGUGGCCCACACUCAGAGCUGAAGCAGGCCGUGCUGUACAGGCAGAGGGAGUACAAGGUUGCCGCCCUUCAGGCCAAACAGAGCAAUGAUGUUGAGCGGGCCAAACAUCACUACCUCACUGCCAAGAAGCUGGACUCGCUGCUGGAGGCGCUGGAUCGGGGGGAGGCAGUCCAGCUGAGUUCAUUACCCCCUCCUCCUGGAGAUGUGGCUGCAGAGCAUUCUGCACCUCCUCCCCAGUCUGCUCCCAAAGCUGCUGCUCCUGCAUCCACUCCCACGCAGACGCCCUCUGCAGACCUCCCUGCCCCCAGCAGCCUGGGAGAAGCUCUGCAGCAGAGAAUGGACAUCUACAAACAAGCAGCAGAGAGCGCCAAGAGCAAAGGAGACGACCGCAAGUCCCGCAUGCACCAACGCAUUGUGAAGCAAUACCAGGAGGCCAUCAGAGCUCACAAAGCAGGAAAACCAGUCAGCUUAUCGGACCUCCCGGUUCCCCCAGGUUGUCCAGCGCUUCAGGGCUCUGAAGGGAGUCAGCAGAACUUCCUGAAUGUCCUGGAAACGGCGAUGAAAAUAGCAAAUCAGGAUGGAGAUGCUGAGAGUGUGGAGGAAGACGAACAAAGAGAAGACAUUAAGCCUGCAGCGCGUCCACCUGUAAACAAAGCCAGAUCUGCGGCCCCUCAGGCUCCUGGAGGAGCCUCAGCUUCAAAACUGGGACCUAAAGGCCAGCAGCAACUGGAUUUUUUGUUGCUACGGCGACAGGCUUUUCUACGGGCAGCACUGCGGUCCAAACAGAUGAAGGACAUGGUGGGGGCGGCGCAGCACCUCAGGCAUGCCAAAGGCCUGGACCCCAUGAUCACAGCUACCAAGUCUGGCCUACCUGUUGAAAUCACCAAGAUUCCCAGUGCUCCAGUGAAUGAGGAGGAAUACUCGCUGGGUCGCUCGCGGACCUCCCCUCUGUCUCCUCGCUCCAGUGAGAAGUAUCAGGCCCUCAUGGAACUCCUACGAAAACAGCAUGAGAAAUGUCUGGAUCUCUGUCAACAAUUCACACAAACAGGAAACAUAGGAGAAGCCCUAAAGUGUGAGAAGCUUGCUGCAGAGUCCAUGAAGAGCAUAGAAAUUCUGAAGAAGGCCCACGCCGCAGGUCAACCCGUCCCCAAGUGCCGCUCAGAGGAGAGGACCUUGAACUCACUCAAGAGGAACUCCAACCUGACGGCCAGUGACAUGGUCCUCUACAUUGUGCGUGGGACCAGCCUCCCUGCUCCUCCAGGUGUCUCUCCCAGUGACCUGGAUGCCAGCGUCAAGUUUGAGUUUCCCUUUCCCAGCUCCGAGGAGGCCCAGAGGGACAAGACCGGCACAGUGAAGAACACCAACAACCCAGAGUUUAAGGAGAACUUCAAGCUCCACAUUAACCGCGGCCACAGAGCCUUCAAACGGGCUGUUCAGUCCAAAGGCAUCAAGUUUGAAGUCAUCCACAAAGGAGGUCUGUUUAAGACGGACAGAGUGGUGGGCACCGCACAUCUGAAGCUGGAGGCUCUGGAAACCCACUGCGACAUCAGAGAAAUCAUAGAUGUGUUUGAUGGACGCAAGGCUACUAGUGGGAAGUUGGAGGUGAGGGUAAAGAUCCGAGAGCCUCUGUCAGGAGCCGAACUGCAGCCCGUAACGGAGAAGUGGCUGGUUGUGGAACCAGGCUCAUCGCUGUCCCCCCCAGAGAGAGGCAAAGAGCAGGCUCCAUCUCCUCGCUCUAAAGCCAGACCUGAAGCCAGCAGCCACACCAACACCUCCCCCCCUCAGUACAAACUCCACAGCUUCAGCCUCCUCAACUACGACAAGGAGCGGUUGGAGAGGAAGAUUGUAGAAUAUCAGAGGAGUCGGCGGGAUCCGCCGCCCGACCUCUCCUGUCAGCUCAAGGAGGUUGUGCACAGGCUGCAGUGGCAGAAGGCUCAGCUGGAGCGGGCGUCCCCUGCGCUGCUCAAAGAGUAUGAAGUUGUGCUGCAGCGCUUCGUCCAGGGACUUUCUGAGUCUGUGAAAAAAUACUCCAGCCAAGGAAACAGAGAGGCUGCCAAGGACGCUCUGGGGAGGCUGAAGAUGGUGGAGAAUGAGCUGGAGUCUCUGCAGAGGAAACGCCACAGUUGAGUGUGGAAGCGUAAGACGGCUGUCACCCCCAUCUGAGGCUUCAAUCUCCAAACGCUGCACCGCAUACAGAGCCUCCUUCACUUUACUCAGCUGGCAUUGAAGGCUGCUGUGUGAAGACCUGCUUCUUUGGCAUACCCCCCCCCCGAACGGGACCAGCCCACUAUGACUGAGAAGCUCACAUGAAGAGGGUGUUUACAGAUGGGGAUGGACACUUUUUUAACACUAAACAAAACUGCUUUGUCUGCUUUCCUUUGGGAAUCGAUGGGAAGAAGUCCAUGUAAGAGAUGCGACCAAGGCUGCAGAUGACCAAGACGUGUGUGUGUGUGUGCGUGUGUGCAUGCGUGUGUACCUGUGCAUGUGUGGGCGUGUGUGUGUGUGUGCGCGUGUACCUGUGCAUGUGUGGGCGUGUGUUCUAAAGUGACAUCAAUUGAUGGACUGGGGUCGUAUUUAACUCCUCUGCAGGUUUUCUGUGUGUGAUAAUCUUAAUCUAAUCUGUCUGCUGCAGUUUUCCCAGAUUACAGUAAUCUGCUUCAUUUGGUUGCUCUGAUAAGAGGCUAAAACCUUGUCUUGGAGGUGCUGGAGCCUCCAUCCCUCAGUGAGGGGUUAAUGUUUGAAGAUGAUGGAGGUGUAUAGGGAGGGGAUGUGGGAGGAGCUUGCAUCUGCAUUUCUGCUUUGUUGUAAUCGGCUGUUUCCUGUCGGUCUCCUGACUUUCUUCAUGCACGUUCUUUUCUCUGGAAUUCAAGAUUAUUCUGCCGUAGGUUGGCUUUGGGUUUCUUUGAACUCUCUGAUUCUGUUGAAUGUGGUCAAUAAUGGACGGCUGCUGCUCACUGGGAUGGACUCGCCUCCUGCUGCUGCGUGCUGAGGAGCAGCAGCGCUCCACCAAACUGCUGAGUCCUGCAAAGAGUUUCAUUUCUGCUCAAACCUUCCACACAGAGUGAAAACACAGAUGGCCUGCAGAAGAUGCUGAGGGGUUCUCCGUGUUCUAUGAUUAGGAGAGGAAUUGCUUUUUACAUCAAAUGGAAUAUUCUUUGGUCUGAAGUAGCAUCAUCACACAAAACUGAAUGAAAUAGAUUCUUUAUUUAAAAUCAUUACAAAUCUCAGAUUACAGAACAGUUUGAUUCUAGAAGGAAAUAAUUCAUUUAUAAAUAUUUGGUUUCAUUUUUUCAAAUAAAACGAAAAGUUCAAACUUUGUUUGGAAGACGGAACGUGUCAGUUUAGCCUCUGAUGGAAGAUGUUUGACUGCAGAGGAUGACCCUCCUCUGACAACCCCCCCCCCCCCCCCCAACCUUAUCUCAACCUCUGAGGCUGUCAGGUUGUCAUGGCAACAAGCUCAUCCGCAUUCAGUGUGGCAGGCCAGAGGAAGAAGAACAUACUGUUAAAUGUCUUUUGGCGCGCUUGCGCAGUGUCCUCGCUCCUCUGCUGUUCAAGCCAAUCAUUAUGUGUGUCUAAUCAAUGUUCUGCAUACGGUGUGUUUUACGGCGGGAACCUGAAAGCCUGCUUAUUCAGGCUGUGUGUGGGGGCGGGGUCAAGACAAACUCAUGUGUACAAGGACGCAGUCCUAAAAUAAACAAGUAAACAAUCA